GACCGGUCCUAACAGAGUAAGGAAACUGGUUGUUUCUCCUUCAGCCUCGCGCUACACAUGCAGCUCUCAGCAUGAGGCACAGCCUCCAACUGGCCCUUGUGUGUCUGAGUCUCCUCUCCGCACGGGUGUGCGUCCAGGGGAAUCAGCUUAACAUCGAGGUCAGCAGAAGCGACAAACUGUCCCUGCCUGGCUUUGAGAAUCUCACAGCAGGAUAUAACAAGUUUCUCAGGCCCAAUUUUGGCGGAGAACCUGUUCAGAUAGCACUGACUCUGGACAUUGCAAGUAUUUCCAGUAUCUCAGAGAGCAAUAUGGACUACACAGCCACCAUAUAUCUCAGACAGCGGUGGACGGACCAGCGGCUGGUGUUCGAAGGCAACAAGAGCUUCACUCUAGAUGCACGCCUAGUGGAGUUCCUCUGGGUGCCGGACACUUACAUCGUGGAGUCCAAAAAGUCCUUCCUCCACGAAGUCACCGUGGGAAACAGACUCAUCCGCCUCUUCUCCAAUGGCACAGUCCUGUAUGCCCUCAGAAUCACAACAACUGUUGCAUGUAACAUGGACCUGUCUAAAUACCCCAUGGACACACAGACAUGCAAGUUGCAACUAGAGAGCUGGGGCUACGAUGGAAACGACGUCGAGUUCAGCUGGCUGAGAGGGAACGACUCCGUGCGGGGACUGGAAAACCUGCGACUUGCUCAGUACACCAUACAACAAUAUUUCACCUCAGUUACCAGGUCACAGCAGGAAACAGGAAAUUACACACGACUGGUCUUGCAAUUUGAGCUUCAGAGGAAUGUCCUGUAUUUCAUUUUGGAAACCUAUGUUCCUUCCACUUUCCUGGUGGUGUUAUCCUGGGUUUCGUUUUGGAUCUCCCUUGAUUCAGUUCCUGCAAGAACCUGCAUUGGAGUGACCACUGUAUUGUCAAUGACCACACUGAUGAUUGGGUCCCGUACCUCUCUCCCGAACACCAACUGCUUCAUAAAGGCCAUCGAUGUGUACCUGGGAAUAUGCUUUAGCUUCGUGUUUGGGGCCCUCCUGGAAUAUGCAGUUGCCCACUACAGCUCCUUACAGCAGAUGGCAGCCAAAGAUCGGGGGAAAGCAAAGGAAGUGGAAGAAGUCAACAUUACUAACAUCAUCAACAGCUCCAUCUCCAGCUUUAAACGGAAGAUCAGUUUUGCCAGCAUUGAAAUUUCCGGAGAUAAUGUUGACUACAGCAACUUGACAAUGAAAACCAGCGACAAGUUCAAGUUUGUCUUCCGAGAUAAGUUGGGCAGGAUUGUUGAUUAUUUCACAAUUCAAAACCCUAGUAAUGUUGAUCGAUAUUCCAAACUACUAUUUCCUUUGAUUUUUAUGCUAGCCAAUGUAUUUUACUGGGCAUACUAUAUGUAUUUUUGA